AUGGACUGGAAGCUACAACCGCGACAGCAACACGCCGAAAACACGGCGUAUAAUAUUGUGGAGAAAAAAAUUUACAAAAUGGAAAGGCUAGAGACCUUAGUGGCGCAGACGUCUGUCAUCCAACACCCCCACAUUUCGAGCCUCAGAGCAUAUUACACGCAGGCCGAUGGUAAAAUCAGCAAAAUAAAGUCUAUCGAAGUCUGUAGCACGAACAGCCGUCGGAUCAGCUGGUCCACAUGA